AUGCCUCCUGCUCGAAAGCGUCGCGCUCCAGCCAACGAGGAUCCAGACCACUCAGACUCAGACGCAGAAGUUAGACCACCACAACGACAUAGAGUGUCCGAUGCCGACGCAGACGACUAUGCUGGCGGCGAAGCAAGCAACGCUCAAGGCGAUGGCAAUUUCGAAGCAAUGGUGAAAAACAUGGUCCGCUUCGCUUUGGCAUGUGAAUACUCCCGAACGCCUAUCAGACGCGCCGAUAUCACUGCAAAAGUCCUUGGUACCAACGCUCGACAAUUCAAAGCAGUCUUCAAUGAAGCCCAAACCCAACUUCGAGGAACCUUUGGCAUGGAGAUGACCGAACUACCGCAAAAAGAGAAAGUCACCUUGGCCCAGCGCAGAGCGGCGCAGAAAUCGCAGAAUACACAAAAGAGCAGUAAUUCUUGGAUCUUGACAUCAGUACUGCCUGAGAGAUUCCGUCAACCUGAGAUUCUGCCUCCAUCACAAGCGCCGACGGCCGAACUCGAAGCUCAGUACACUGGACUAUACACAUUCGUCGUUUCGGUCAUCUUCUUAAAUGGAGGUAUGCUACCGGACGCCAAGCUAGAACGCUUCCUCAAAAGAGUGAACGUCGAGGAUGCAGCAGCGCAGAACAGUAUCAACAUCAUGGCUACUGGAGGGGACAAGACGGAAAAGCUGCUCAAGCGCAUGGAAAAAGACGGAUAUGUUAUCAAGAUUCGCGACAAUUCAAGUGGAGAGGAGACGGUCGAAUGGUAUGUUGGGCCUCGUGGUAGGACAGAAAUUGGCGAUGCUGGAGUCAGAGGAAUGGUGAAGCAGGUCUAUGGCGAAGUGGAAGAUGCAGCGGAACUUGAAAGAGCGCUGGAACGUAGUCUUGGUGCCAAUGAGGUGCCCAAGAGAAGGGAGGAGCAGGCGGCGCAGUCUCAGAAGAAGGGACGACGCCGCAGGACAGAAGCACGAGACGAAGGUGACAGCAGCGAUGGCGGCAGUGACUCGGAUUGA